UUUGUUUAUUUUUGUGUGCAGAUGACGAAUCGUUCGGCCGCUCGUUCUUUGUUCCAUUCGUAAAAAAGUUUUAGUUAUCAGUGCGAAAGUGAUACCUUUUUUGGCCAAAACCUUCACCUGGUCCAGCACCACCACCACCGAGCGGGAUGGCUGACUACGACUGGGACCAGCACAACCGCCAGCAGGUGCUGGAAGGUCGUCAAAUUCUAGAACGAACGUCCGCCAGCCUUGCCCGAUCGAAUCGGAUCGCCAUCGAGACCGAACAGACGGGUCAUGAGGUAAUGUCCGAGCUGGAAGUCCAGAGGGAAUCGUUACUGCGCAGUCAACGGCGUUUGGAGAAUGCCAACGAUGGUCUGUCGAAAUCGAGUUCCAUUUUGCGGGCUAUGAGCAGAAAUGUCCUUUACAACAAGUUGAUUCUGGUAAUGAUUAUCGUGAUGGAAGUGCUGAUACUGGUCGGAUUGUUGUACCUCAAGCUGAGCCAUUGAGUUCAGAAGUUGGAUGCACGAGUGCGUAUCUUCACUAGAGUAGGUAUAUGUUAAAAUGCAUUCCCCUCUGCCUUUGUAUUAUGCAAAUUAGCCAAAGCUAUGAACAUGAUUCGAUUAAUUAUUAUUACGUAAAUACCUGCUAUUGGAUAAAAGUU